CUUGGUAUGAGUGGUACUGGAAUUUUCACCAGAAAGGAAUGCUGUUAUUCGAAAUUGAACGGUUGCAUCAACAAUUAGGACCUGUUGUUCGCAUCGCACCGAAUGAACUUCACAUUAACGAUACAGAUGUAUUCCAGGAGAUCACUAAGAUCGGGUCACCAUUCACCAAAGAUCCCGGAUUCUACAACUUCAUAACUUUCCCCGGAACUUCGAUCGGGGAAACUGAUGCGUCGCGAAGUCGUAUCCAACGUCAAGUACUCACCCCCGCUUUUUCCCCAUCACGAGCCAGCGAGCUGGCGACAUCAGUGAAAGACAAAGUUGACAGGCUAUUGGAACGAUUUGUGGAGUCAUCGAAUCGCUCUGAACCUGUCAAUCUUUCCAUGGCCGUCAAAGCAUUUACCAUGGAUGUCAUUUCAGAGAUCGUACUGGGGAAGGAACUCGGCUUUAUGAUGGAUCCGGGCUACAGAAAUCAAUUCAUUGAAUAUUUACACUUCACAUUCGACAUGGGAUGGACAGCAACGGCGUUCCCUAACAUGACAAUCUUUUCCUUGUCGUUACCAGAUUGGCUUUCUACUGCUUUAUUCCCUAUUCCCAUCAUGCAGUUCAAAAAGCAGUGCAUCAUUCUUGUCGACGAAUAUCUCCGAGUGCGCAAUGCUCCCAGAGUAGGUGUAACGGAGAAUUUCACCAAGAAAGUUGACUUCAACAAAUCAGUCGUAAUUGACACUCUAGUCGACCCCACCUCGGCUAAAGAUCAAAGCGUGCUUGAUGCCAGUCAGCUUGCCGAAGAAGUCAUCAUGCUCCUUUCCGCGGGAAAUGAUACUACUUCGGAUGCGAUUAUUGUGGGAAUCUAUCAGGUCCUAAGAAAUAGCUCCAUCCAUGACAAGCUGUCUCAAGAGCUCGCCGCCGCAUUUCCUCGCAACAGAGAAAUUACUUACAAUAACGCUUCAAAGCUUCCCUAUCUUACGGCGGUCGUCAAAGAGACACUUCGAUAUAGCAACCCAUUACCAGACAAAGCACCGAAGGUAGUGCCGAAGGAAGGUUGGACGCUCUAUGGACAAAAGGUUUCUCCACAGACCGUUAUCAACACUUCGUCGUACCUUUUGAAUCGACAUCCAUCGAUAUGGGGAUCCGAUGCCUACGACUUUCGCCCAGAGCGUUGGUUGGUCAAUGACUCAGCGCACCUCGACAAGUUCAUGACAAGUUUCUAUCGAGGAUCUAGGCAGCGUUUAGGAAAAGAUCUUGCACUUUGCGAAAUCUACACACUUCUUGCCAAUCUCUUUCGACGCUUUGAUAUGGAAUUAUAUAACACAACCGACGAUGACAUGAAAUGGAUCGACCUGCUUCUUACACGUUUCGUUGGGCAAAACCCUCAUGUCACCCUGAAACCGUGA